AGUACCGUUCACGCCCAACAUUCCGUAUCACUUCUUGGUAAAAACUUAAACAGAACACAUACGAAAAAAAUCUGUCAAAAAGACAUUUCUAUUGGCUCGAUACUAUACUACUGCCAUUUCUAUUGGAUAGCCAACUUUUCUUUCUCUCCCCCGUGCCGUGCCGUCGUCAAGUUUGGUUGCAUGGUUUACAAGUUGAUGUCAGUCUGGAAGAAGGCAGAGAAACUCCUCACGUCUCAAACUAUGAGUGGUGAGCAACAGCGAGAUGAAAUGGCCGCGCUGGUGGAAAGUGACGGAGGCUUCCUUCAAAAGCGAAACACAAAUACCGGACAGGAUUCUCAGCAGCCGUCGCCCCUUGCCCUGUUAGCAGCCACCUGCAGUCGCAUGGAUGAGAAUGACACAGACCACCAGCAACAACAACAACAACAGCAGCAGCAGCAGAGCCAGCAGCUAGACCUCAGCCAGCUCACACAGACCGCCAACGGUUGGCAGGUCAUCUCCGCCGGAGGCGCCGCCACCACCCUCGCCAACUGUGUCACCAGCAUCGCCCAGGGCCUGGGGGUCAUGGCCGAGGACCAGAAGGGCCGUCUGGUGGUUUCGUCGUCGGGCGCGGCGGUGCAGACGCAGCAGCCCCAGCAGCAGUACGUCAUGGCCCCCACCAUGCAGGGCGGCCAGGUGCUCACCACCCUCUCGGGCGUCAUGCCCAACAUCCAGUACCAGGUCAUCCCGCAGUUCCAGACGGUGGACGGGCAGCAGCUGCAGCUGACCCAGGCCCAGCAGGACCCCUCGGGCGCGGUGGGCGCCGGACAGUUCCAGCUGGUCUCCUCCCCCAACGGCGGGCAGCAGCUCAUCGCGGCGGCCACCGGCAACAGAGCGGGGACGGCGGCGGGGAAUAUCCUGACGGUGGCGCCGGGGCUGCUCCAGGGGGCCAUCCCGCUCCAGAACCUGGGCCUGGGCAACGCCGUGCUGCCCAACCAGACGCAGUUCCUGGCCAACAUGCCCGUGUCGCUCAAUGGCAUGGGCAACAUCACGCUGCUGCCUGUUAGUGCGGGCGCCAUGCCCGCCACCACGACGGCUGCCGGAGGGGACGCCGGAGCAGCAGGGAACAACCAGCAGCUGGUUCAACAGCAGUCGCAGCAGCAGCAGCAGGCGGCUGUAUCCUCUGUGGGGACGAACUACUUCACCAGCUCCAUCACCACCACCUCCACCCCGGCCACCACAUACGGAGUGGCGUCUCAGGCUCAGGGCACCAACACAGUCGUCACCGGCACCUUCCAGAAUGCAACAGGAGGCAUAACCAUCAUGUCUGACGGGCAGCAGCAACAACAAACGCAGCAACAGCAGCCGCAGCAGAUACUGAUCCAGCCCCAGCAGAUCCUGUCGGGCGCAGGGCUGCAGGCCCUCCAGCCGGGCACGGUGACGGCGGCCGGGGGCCAGGUGUUUGCCACCGCCGCCCCCACCAUCUCCCAGGACGGCCUGCAGAACCUGCAGCUCCAGGCCAUCUCCAACAGCCAGCCCAUCCUGCUGCGCACCGUGGGGCCCAACGGCCAGGUCAGCUGGCAGACCCUCCAGCUGCAGAACCCGGCCGGCGCCCAGAUCACGCUGGCGCCCGUCCAGUCGCUGCCGCAGCUGGCGCAGACGCAGGCGGGCGGCACGGUGCAGCUGCAGGGCCUGCAGACCAUCAACCUGAACCCGCUGGGCAACGCCGCCGGACUGCAGAUGCACCAGCUGCAAGGGGUGCCCAUCACUAUCGCCAACCCAGCAGGAGACCAGAGCCUGCAGGCUGCGACGGGCAACGACAGCAUGGAUGACGGCGGGCUGGACGAGGGCAUGGAGGCCAGCCCCACCCCCAACAGACGCACGCGCCGAGAGGCAUGCACCUGUCCCUACUGCAAGGACGGGGAGGGACGCAGCGACCCCAGCAAGAAGAAGCAGCACAUCUGCCACAUUCCCGGCUGCAACAAGGUGUACGGCAAGACGUCGCACCUGCGCGCCCACCUGCGCUGGCACACGGGCGAGCGGCCCUUCGUCUGCUCCUGGUCCUUCUGCGGCAAGCGCUUCACCCGCUCCGACGAGCUGCAGAGGCACAAACGCACCCACACCGGUGAGAAGAAGUUCUCCUGUCCGGAGUGUCCCAAGCGCUUCAUGCGCAGUGACCACCUGUCCAAGCACAUCAAGACGCACCUGAACAAGAAAGGGGUGCCGGCCCCCGGGCAGCCCGCCUCCGACUCCGCCUCCCCCAGCCAUGUAGCCGCGGACAACAGCGCGCCGCCCGAGGCCCAGACGCUCAUCACCAUGGAGACGCUGUCCCCCGAGGGCAUCGCGCGGCUCGCCAACAGCGGCAUCAACGUCAUGCAGGUGACCGACAUCCACUCGCUCAGCUCACUCAACAGCAACGGCUACUGAGACACACAGCCAGGGGCUGAGGGAGGCGGCCAAGGCCUGGGCUGGACUGGACUGGAGAGAGAAGGCUGGACUGGAGAGAGCUGCCUGGGAUGGGGUGGGGCCCAGACGACUAUACAGAGCGUUUGAUGAUGGAUGUUUGAGAACUUGGAGCCUGGAUGGAUGGACGGACAGACGGAUGUAUGAGUGGGAUUGGGACAAUGGGGUAUGGUGGGAAGCAGGAUUUCAGUCAGGUGAGGCAAAGUCAUGGACGAAGCGCAGUUGUUCCCCCAGAGAACCAUGCAAUGAAAUGGACAAGGCGUGGACGGGACGAACUUGCGAGCGGGAAAUCGAUUGGGGAGACGGGGGACUGCGGCACGAGUGGAUUUGCAUUAUAAGGGAAAAAAGUUCCUCUGUAGCAUUGCGUUCUCACUUACUAUGGUAACUGCAGGCACUUUUAUAAAAGGUGUUUUUGUUGGGAGGUGUUGUGUCCCUAAACACUCAAGUGUGCACACGUCGAGCCCCAUUGGACACACGGACAAUGCUUGCACACGCACGCACGCACACACACACACACACACACACUAGGCCAAGCUGGCAGUGCCCUCCCACUACUCAGGUUACGCCUGCUGGCUGCUGGCCACAAGUCUAAGGUGUCACAGACCUCUUGACUGCCCCACCCCCUCCUCAUCACCACCACCACCACCACCACUUCUGCAGCAUUGUAAGGGCCUGCUGUUGGUAACUCCAUCGUGGCCACCCUCGCUGGAAGAGACCCGGAAAACAGAUUGGCAGACACACACACACAAACAGAGAAUUAGGUCACUGGUGACUUCAGACACCCAUCUCUGUCAGGAGCACUAAUCUGUGUAAGGUGGAAGGACACUAAAAUCUAUGUGGUGGUUGUGUAUUGUUUUCUUUUCUUUUUUUCUUAAUCUUUUUAAAAAUAUAUGAGUUGAUAGGUACACUCACAAGCCAUCAUGCUUUGAUAACUUAUCAUAGCAACAAACAAACAAAAACUUUUGAUAGUGGUUUUGUACAUAAAUUAUAUUUUUUCUAAAAACUACAAAUUACCACAGGAAGGAUCAGCUCGUAUUGAUCACCUGAAAUUGCCUUUUUGUUUGUCGUCUGUUUCAUACAAUCAGAUCUUAACCUUUAACUAUCAUUUUUUAUAUAUAUAUAAAUGUAGGUUUUUUUUUCUGUGAGUACAUUUGUAAACUAAACUCGAGUGUUCUGAAUAGAACUAUGUAUUGUUUUCAGGACAGUCCAGAUUUGCCUAACACACUUUUUACUUUAAUUAUUUAGAACCUCACGUUUCUUUUUCUGUGGUAAAAUGUUACUUUCUUGAGUGUUUUCCUAACAUGCGUAGUUUCUUUACUCGAAUCGCAAGAAUCAAAAAACUGCGUCAAGAACACUUUUUUGCAGAUAUCUUUUUUUUUGUGACACAAAUCCAAACCAAAGGUCUGCACUCUUUAUCAGGUGGUUAAUGGAUUCUCAGGGGCAGCAAUUUGAACACAGGACAGAAAACCGUGGCAGUGACUUUUGUUUCGUUUUGUUUAUUAUGGCUUCCCAUUUAAAGACGAGUCUUCUUGAGUUUGUAUCGCUCUAGACUACAAGUAGAGCGUGAUUUGAUAAAGUAAUGGUAAUAAUGAUGGAAAAAAGAGUAACGAUGGAAAAAGAUCCUUCUGUAUCAUCCUGUGCCCCCCCCCCCAUUUUUUAUACAGAUUUUUAUGUUUGGUUUUAUAUACUUCCUCAAACAAGGAUGGGCUUUACUGCUCAGUCCGAGACGUGUUGUCUUGCAUAGUGUUUACUAUAGUAAAUCAACUCCCUCCAGCACUCGGCCGUGAGAGUGAAGACGUGACCAGUUUUCCCCUUGUCAUGCUGAAUCGGAGUGAAAUCAGUGCUGGGGUGAGUUUCUCAAAAGAAAAGUUGUUAGCCUGUUAGCAACUUCGGUAGUUGCCAAUGGGAAAAUGCAUUGAAAACAACAAAGUAGCUAAUGUAGUAAGCAACUUUGGUUUUGAGAAAUUCACCCCUGAGGAGGAGGAGGCUGCAGCUGCAUCAGUACCUCUGACUCAGUGCCGUCUUAGGAAAUACUUAAAGGGCUUUUUAAAGUUCACUGUGAGGUCGGGUGACUUUGUAUUGUCCAUGUCCCUCUCCUCCUUAAUUUCUUCAGUUUUGAAGAAGCGAUGUGUCUGGUGUGGCGAAUACUGUUCUUUCAUUGGUUAAUAGUUAAGCAACAGUAUUUUCAUCAAUUGCAGGUCCCCCCUGCCCCCUUCUGUUUUCUUCCAAAGGACAACCACGUGUGUAUAAACCUUUUUUAUGCAAGGGAUUUGGUUUUGUACCUUGUAAAUAUUACUGCUACAAAUGCCAAUGCCUGGAUUAAAAUAAUGAAUUCCACUGGC